AUGCCUGAAGAGAAUUCAUCGCCAUUACUGGGGUUAGUGGACUGCAAAAAAUACGCCUGGGUCGCUCUCUCCCUUAUCCUCUUUUUCUUCUGCAUUAUUUUUGUUGUUUCGGGAACCCGCCUGAUGUUUACCAAAGUGGAACCCUCGGAAAAAUGCACGGAUGACCUACUACUCCAAUCCCGACCGGACAUUGCAAAGGCUUGUGAAGAAGAACGAUGGUUCAAACGAUUUAUGAUCAACACAGGCUACGCCAUGAGCUGCAUUGGACUAAUCUUCGGAUUGGGUUUUAUUGUGAUCAACGUAUGCUUCUGCAUCAAAAUGACUCGAAAAGCACGUCUUCAAGAUCAUGAACAAGGUGGAUGUCCUUCGGUGCAAGCGCACACUUCAGAAACGGAUUCAGCCGCACCUCCUGAUUAUGAAGAGGCUUGCAGAGCUCAAAUUGAAAUCGAUGAUGAUUCCAUUAGCUACCGUCCACCAUCCAUUCCUCCUCCACGUCCUCUGCAACAGCCACCUCAAACAAUGGGAGACAAUCGAACCUCACACGGACACAAGUGA